AUGUGCGCGUUACAACUUGUAACUGCCAAGUAUAUAUCCGAAUCAGCAGAAACAGCAUCAUUGGGGAAUUUGGCUAGUUUUGCUUAUUUUCAUGCUCUUUCUUACACAAAAAUUCGAAUUUAUUACCAAGAAGAGAAUUUACGUAACCAAGUUUUAAUUUCUUCUUUGGUCAACCACCAUAUUAAAGCUCGAAAUGAAAGAAGGUUAGUCAGACAACGAGCAAGACAACAGUUACACGAAGAAAUUAUUGCGACUACUGGGUUGUUGACCGCUAUUGCGAAAUCUAUAGAACUUCGUCAAUAUUUCCAAAAAUCAAGAAAAUCAAAAAAUUCAAAAUACAUGUAUAAUAACAAUCUCGACCAUCUUUUAUAUGACGUUACUUCUAUAAAAAUGCAAUCACUCGACGAUGAUAAGGAUUUGCUUAAAUUAGUGUUGAUUUCAAAUUGGCUCAAACGUCAUAUCACAUCGGAAGAAGACGAGAUGAAAAUUAAUUUUCAACUUGGAUAUGGAUUCGGAUGUUUUUUUAACUUUUUUGCAACUGGUGCUGUAUCUUCGUUAUCAAUUGCUGAAAAACGACACGAAGAAUGGUCGAGAAUAGAAGGGACGUUGUUAUGA